UCUCGCAGCUGUUAGAGACAAUAAAGAUAAAAACUUAUACUUUUCCUAUAGCCCUCUACUACCAAUCUAUGCUAGGAUUACUUGACGUUGUCAUCCUUUACUUAUUUGACAUAAUUUGUUAAAAACAUUAAAUUCAAAAUGAUACUUGUAUAAUUUAUCGUGUUAUCACCAAACAAACCGCUUAUCAGUUGUAACAUAUCGAGUAAUGAACUAUUGACCCUGCGCGUACCUACUUGGUUUAUUCACGAUGAGUGCAAACGCAGAGAAAACGGUUGAAACCGUUGAAACUAAACCCAAGACGGACGCUUCCGAUGUUCCGAAGAUGAAUUCGUCAAAUACAAACGUGCACAAAGUUACCAAGACAAUUAUUACGUCGCCAGAUAUUUAUAAGCCUGUAGGGCCGUACAGCCAGGCAAUAUUAGCGGAUAAAACUCUUUAUGUAUCUGGGGUGCUUGGAAUGGACACGACGGCCACAUUAGUGAGUGGUGGUGCUGAGGCACAGGCGCGACAGGCUCUCGAGAACCUAAGGCACGUGCUGGAAGCAGGUGGUGCUUCUCUAGAGUCCGUAGUGAAAACCAACAUCUAUUUAGGGCGCAUGGAAGACUUCCAAGCUAUCAAUCAAGUUUAUGGAGAAUUUUUUCCAAAAGAUUACCCGGCACGCGCUACAUUCCAAGUGGGUAAGCUUCCACUGGACGCGGCAGUGGAGAUAGAAGCAAUUGCACUGAGCGGAGACCUGGUCGUCGCGGAGGCGGGACCCUGCCCUUGCGCACGUACUUAGUGUGGACAUUACUUGAGCGUCUUGCAACUAGGUACCAAAUAUUUGAAUAUUGAUUCAUACUAUACCAUGAUUGAUGUUUGAACUGACUGAUCAUGAAUGUUGCGAAACGCUAUUAGAUUCUGAAUCCGGUAGUAUUUACCACUGUUCAUUGUUUUGAUUAAAACCCAAAAAUAUCGAUGUACGAUUGUUUUAUAAUGUUAUACAAUACCUUUUAUAAUUACCUAUUUUUAAACCUUGUUAACGAGUUCUUUUAUACUGUUGUGUAAUAAUGAAUAUAUUUUUGGAUUAUAUUUAAAUUGUUCGUAUUAAAUGACUUAAAUAAACAUA